GAUCUCCGAAGGAGUCAUCAGAUGGCCCCACGCGCAAUCCCAGAGUUCUAUGAAAGAAUUAUUCUCAUUCCAUUCCAUUAUCAAAAUCUCAAACUAACAAUCAACAAGAAGAUCAAACAAAGCAAAUCCUUCCUGAUAAUCCAUGGCAGUAAGUGCAACGGCAUCUCACGUUCCGAAAUUCGGCAACUGGGACGGCGACAAUGUGCCAUACACCGCCUGCUUCGACAACGCCCGUAGAGACAAAGCCGCCGCCGCCGGCGUCGGAGGGAAGAUGAUAAACCCGAAUGAUCCGGAGGAGAAUCCCGACGCCUUUGGCUUCAUGUCACCGGAGAAACAGGCACGCGAUGACGACUAUCACAGUAGAAGUGCUAAGAAAAGCAUGUCUCCGUCGGAGGAAAGCUUUUCCGGCCAUUCUGCAAAAUGCCACCGGCGCAAGAGAUCAGAGCUAAAGAAGAAGAAGAAUGACAGUAGCAAUAGCAUCAUUCCAGCCGCGAGUCCUAAAACGCCCAGAAAUGGCAGGAGUAAUCCUUACGAUGAUCUGUCAUAUAGAUCAGCAGCAUCAGUGCCAAAAUUUGGAGCAUGGGAUGAGAUAGAUCCAAAAUCAUCAGGAGAAGGAUACACAAUGAUAUUCAGCAAAGUGAAGGAGGAAAAGCAGAUUGCAGCCUCCAAGCUGCCUAAUGUCAAUCAACAACACCCCACAUUUCAUUCCACCUACACCCACAAACCUUCCAAAUCAAAGAUGUGUUGCUGCCUAUUCUGAAAUGUGUACCCAUACUAUAUAUUUGAUUAUGGUGUUUCUCUAUAUUUUUUCUUAUUAAGCUCAGUUUAUUGGUCAUUGAUGUAUAUGAGAACUACACUUCAUUUUGGACAUUCAUUUGGCAAUAUAUUACUGGCAUAUUUUCAAAUUUCAA